AUGCUGUGCCAAGAGAAACAGGCGGAAAACCUGCUGUGCCACCUGCAGGAGAAUUUUGAAGCGCUGACUGAAAAGAUAACGUUGAGAAUGCAAGAAAUGGGCGAGCACAUUGACGAUCUUGUUGCUGACCUGAUGACAGAGGCUGGGAUAGAAAACACCGAUGAAAACUUGAAAGUAAAUUAA